GCUCACGUGUAGUUUCGGUAGGUUCCUGCAAGAAGACGUUUAUUCGUUUUUUUUAACUUUCAGCUCUGUGAGCAAUAGCUUUGACUCUCUAUAGCAAACACUACAACUACUGGAGGUAUGAGCGCCAUCAUUCCCCGGAUAGAGCAGCUGUCUGCCAGGGUUGUUCGAGUUUUAGGCUGCAACCCGGGACCGAUGACGCUGCAGGGAACAAACACCUACCUGGUCGGCACAGGGGAAAGACGUGUGCUGAUCGACACAGGAGAACCUGCAGUCCCUGAAUACAUCACCAAUCUGAGAAAAGCUCUGGGGCAGUUCAACGCCAGCAUCCAGGAGAUCAUCGUCACACACUGGCAUCACGACCACACAGGAGGAGUGGAGGACAUCUGCAGAGACAUAACUGGAUCUGAAGUCCGAGUCAGCAAACUGCCACGCUCCACCCAAGUCACAGAAGCGGCUGGAAAUAAGAGCUAUACUUACCUAAAAGAUGGAGAUGUUAUCCAGACGGAGGGAGCCACCCUCAAAGUGCUUUUCACUCCGGGCCACACCGACGACCACAUGGCCCUGCUGCUGGAGGAGGAGCGGGCGCUCUUCUCGGGAGACUGCAUCCUUGGCGAGGGCACAGCCGUGUUUGAAGAUCUCUACGACUACAUGAAAUCUCUGAAGAUCCUACUGGACUCUCAGGCCGACCUCAUCUACCCCGGUCACGGGCCAGUGGUUCAGGAUGCUGGCUCCAAGAUCAAACACUACAUCAGCCACAGGGACCAAAGAGAGCAGCAGAUCCUGGCAGCCAUUCAGGACGGGGCAGGAACGCCUUUCACUUCUAUGGAACUUGUAAAGAUCGUCUACAAGGACACACCUGAAUACCUGCACCAAGCAGCUAAUGUAAACCUGGUCCAUCACCUCAGGAAACUGCAGAAGGAAGGCCAGAUUAGCCUGGUGAAGGACUCCACAGAGCACAUCAGAUGGAGGAGUAAUCUAUGAACUGGACUCAAUGUGAACAUGAGUAAAAUAAACCUGAUCAAAUCUCAUCAUGACCUUUUAAAACCAAGAUGAUCAUUAGCAUUGAAAAUGUUGUGUUAUUUUUCUGUGGUUUCUGAUUUGGAGUAUGGAGUAUAAAACAUGAACAGCAGCAGGAGUUAUGAGGACUGACAUGUGAACUGUGUCAAAGUUUAACUAGACAAAACUCUGUCUGAAGUUCAGUUGGAUUCGAACUACACAGAGUGACCAGUUCUGCCUGAACUGAGUCCCUAAGUGUCCCGCCCCCCUUCUCCUUACAUUUAGCUUACUAACUUCAGCUUCACUAUCUAGCAGUGUGAUUUAAAAAAUAAUUAUUUUAUUCAUGGAGUCUUUUUCAUUCUCAUUUUCACAACAGAUUUUAUGUCUGAAUAAGAUUUCUGGAGAUGCAUUUACAGCCCGCGCUGUCCUGCAUGUGAUGGUAGUUUUUUAUGAAGUCUGGCGUCUUCCCAUCACAGGAAGAUGCUCACUUCAUCUCCGAACAGUGUUUAUAUGUAUGACGCUAGUGCCUUGAGUGGAAGCAGGGUGAUGGGGAUGAUGUUAGAUUUCUACAGUGUCAUCCAUACAGUCAUUUAAACGGAGCAACUAAAAAAAAUCGGUGAUUAGUUAACAAAUGCAAACACAACACCUAAAACUAUGUUUAACAAUCCAGUUAUUUUGACAAAUAAUCAAACAGAAUCUCUUACAGUUCUCCUGAAUGCAUCAACUAGGUCUUAUGUGGUUAUACUGUAUAUGGUCUUUUAGAAAACAACUCGCUCUGCUCAGUUACAGGAUUUUAGCUAGAAACAGCAAAUAUUCUCAUCAGUUUAUUAUAAGAUUUAUCCACACAGUGUCCACACUACUUGCCAAAAGUUUUAGAUCGAAGAAAGGGACGCUUUUAAUAACUGGUAUCGCCAGCUUUCAGGGCUUACUCAGCCUCCACUGAUGCAAAACAGCUUUAAGUGGUUAACUAAUCUCUUGAUCCCUGAAAAAUGACUUUUUCUAAAAUUCUGGUAUAUAUCUUAACAUUUAGUUUUGGGAAACCUUGCCUUUUGUAGCAUCUUGUAGUUCACCACUUGUUUAAUUUCAAGCUAUUUGCUGGAUUUGAACUGCUUGAAUGUCAAUAAAAAAAAUUAAAAAAGGAAAAUUUGGGGUGUUCAAAAGCUUUACCGGUACUGUUCAUAACCUACAGAAAUUGAUAAAGCUGAAUUGUGCACAACUUCAUUUCAUGGUGAGAUGUGUAAUUCAUGCGUGUACCUAAUGGCUGAACUGGUGCACACACACCCACACACCCAACUCCCUCCACCAGCUCUUCCUUUUUUCAGUUUCACUUGACCUUAUUUCUUUCCUAACUUAGAAUUAUGAUGUGAACUUUUUAAUGGAAAUUCUGCCCACAUUUCCAGCUGUCCACUAGGUGGCAGUAUCUUUCAAACAAUCUGAACAGCCACUUAAUAACGUUAACAUUAAUAAAUAAUAUUAAUAAAAAUGCACAUACACGUGCAGUGCUGUAGAAACAAUUAUAAAUACGCUAUUUUUCUGAAACUUUGAAAAUAAGUAAAUUAAAUUGUGCUGAAGAUGAUUGUGUUAUGGACAUAACUUUGUAUGGUCAUGAUUGUAAUUGUAAGUGUGAUAAAUAAAAUGUGUGAUUU